GUCAUUGCCACACACACAUUCCUCCUCUCUCUCUCGUGAAAUUUCUCAAGAUGAACAAGCGUCUUCUCCUGGGCUUUUCCCUUCUGCUCUUCUGCACAGUAUGUAAGUACCAGGCUUUAAAAGGAAAAUAGGGGGUGUUGUUUUGCAAAACAUUUGCAUGGGAAUUUAGCCAGCCAGAGGGCCUUUUCGGUAGUGGCACCCACCCUGUGGAACGCCCUCCCAUCAGAUGUCGAGGAAAUAAACAACCAUCUGAAGAAGACAUCUGAAGGCAGCCCUGUAUAGGGGAGUUUUUAAUGUUUGGUGUUUUAUUGUGCUUUUAAUUCUGUCGGGGGCUGCCCAGAGUGGCUGGGGAAACCCAGCCAGAUGGGUGGGGUAUAAAUAAUAAAUUAUUAUUAUUAUUAUUAUUAUUAUUAUUAUUAUUAAUUAGCUAGUGCAAAUGUGUAAGAAAAUGGAUGGGUCCAUCUUUCUGAGCAGAUCAGGCGCUGCAUAGUCACCCCAAUCUGUGAGCAGUGUGAGAUUUCAGCGGUUCUAGGCUUGCAUACCCAGGGUUUGUGUUUCCUGCUUGGAAUGAGGCACAGCGGAGGUGUCGUUAGGUUUAUUAACACAUAUAUACAACCUGAACCUAUGAUGGAGAGGUUCACAGCAUAAUCACUCCGAGAGGGUUUGGCUUCUCCCAUAGGCGCAACCUUGGAUCCAAACAGACAUCAAACAUCGUGCUGCUGCUUUGUGUCACACCUAACUCCAAUUUCUCUGCUCUGAAGUCUGGCUUUCUCUGUUGAGGGAGGGGCCCCACUCAUUUGUCCUCCCACACCAGGUCCCUUUGGAUCCUUUUUUUUGUUAAUGGGUCAUCCCCGAGGCCAGGCAUAGGCAAACUGGGCCCUCCAGAUGUUUGGGUACUACAACUCCCAUCAUCCCUAGCUAACAGGACCAGUGGUCAGGGAUGAUGGGAACUGUAGUCUCAAAACAUCUGGAGGGCUGAGUUUGCCUACGCCUGCCCUAGGCUAUCAUCUGAACCCAGGAAGCUAGCCUGGUUAUUAAAUUAUCCUUGUUAUUAAAUUAUUGCUUUGAAAGCGUGCUGAUUCCAGCCUAAUACCCAUGGAUCCGGCACCCAGUUUUAACACCCUGAGCCUUAAUUAAAUUCUAAUACUAACUUGAUCCGGAGAGAAUAGUGGUCUGGCACCCACAAAUUCAUAACUAUAUUUAAGUAUUUAGGAAUGGUGAGUCCUUUUGGGUCGUACCCAUCUAUUUUUAUCUCAGAGUACGUAAAUCAAUAGGUCUAAGUCGUGUCCACUCAUUUAAAUGUGUCUGCUCUGAGUAGGACUAACAUUGUACACUUUGUUACCUGCUGGUGGGACAGCCAUCUUCCAGGGGUGCUGCAACCACAAGAUUCCUGCAUUGCAGAUCUUGAAUUCAAUGGGGGAUUGAACAAGAUCAGCCUUGGCCAACUUGGUGCCCUCCAAAUGUUGCUCCCAUCAGCCCCAACCUGGUUGGCUAAAGCUGGAGUAGAUCACAUCAAAAUUUCUUUCCAACUCGAUGUGUUGUGUCCAAUGCUAGUCCUAAUCAGAGCAGAUCCAUUGAACAUAUUUUGGGUUCCUUAAUUUCGAUGGAUCUAGUGUGAGUGGAAGUUAGUUGGAGGCAACCCUGCGGUUCUGGAACCUUUGUCCCUCUAAAUGUUGUUGGACUACAACUCCCAUCAGCUUUGACUAUUGGUCCUGCUGGCUGGGGCUGAUGUGAGUCAUUGUUCAGCAACAACUGGAGGGACAAAGGUUUGCCGCACCAGAUCUAUAACUUUUUGCCAUUUAUGUGUGAGAGUUAGGAAGUGAAAUCCAAAAGAUUGUUGAUGAAAAGAAAGCACUAAGUGCAGAAGAGAGCAGUCAAGAUGAUCAAGGGUCUGGAAACUCAGCCUUACGAGGAAUGCUUGAAGGAAUGUUUAGCCUGAGAGGUGAUAUGAUAGCCAUCUUCAAAUAUUUUACUGGCUGUCAUAUGGAAGAGGGAGCAUGCUUGUUUUCUCCUGCUCUUCAAAUGCAAUGGCUUCAAGUACAAAAAAAAAGGAGAUUCCAACUAAUAAUAAUUAAGAAAAAGAUUCUGACAGGAAGAGCUGUUUAGCUGUGGAACAGACUCCCAUGAGAGGUGGUGGACUCUCCUUCCUUGGAGGUUUUCAAGCAGAGGGUGGCUGGCCAUCUGCCAUGAUUGCUUUAGGUGAGAUUCCUGCAUUGCAGGGGGUUGGUCUAGAUGACCCUUUGGUCCCUUCCAACUCUAAGAUUCUAUAAUUCUAAUUACAGAAGUAAUAAUAAUAAUUUAUUAUUUAUACCACGCCCAUCUGGCUGGGCUUCCCCAGCCACUCUGGGCAGCUUCCAGCACAAUAUUAAAAUACAGUAAUGCAUCAAACAUUAGAAGCUUCCCUAAACAGGGCUGCCUUCAGAUGUCGUCUAAAAGUCUGGUAGUUGUUGUUCUCUUUGACGUCUGGUGGGAGGGCGUUCCACAGGGCAGGCGCCACUACCGAGAAGGCCCUCUGCCUGAAUGAUGGGGGUGGAGAUGCUCCUUCAGAUAUACUGGGCCGAGGCCGUUUAGGGCUUUAAAGGUCAGCACCAACACUUUGAAGGCUUGUUUUCUCUUGAGUUCACUUCUUGCUAUAACUUUACAAUACUUGGGAUUGUCUUUGUUUCUCCACAUCAGCAGGACUAAUCAGGUCCCAGCGCAUAAUUUCAAAAAAUCAACCACCAAGGGUUUGAAUUUUCCUUUGCUGCGUGUCAUUCAGUAGAAUUAAACUAGGCGACAAAAAACAAGCUGAGAAAACAAAGUGGAGGAGGGAGGGAGAAAGGAAGGAAUAUUUGCAACAACACCCCAAGCUAAUCCUAUGCAGGCAACAGUUUUCUUCCCCUGUUGAAAAGGCUUCAGUUUUUCUGCCCCAUUCUCAGGGCAACUGAGAAUUUUGAUACAUGUGAGGUUUUGAGCUUAUUUUAUUCUUGUAAGAUGGCUGAGGGUUGGAUGCAUAUUCUUUCCAUCAAACAUUUCUCAGGCACUAGUCAGCCGCUCCCAAUGUGCUUCACCAUCUGAAGAAGUCAGAUGGAGACAUUUUCUUAUGAUGUCCUCCACUGGGGUUUGAUUUAAGGGUGAGCAGCUAGGGGAUUAUUGCUCUGUGAGAUGUAAACCACAGUUCCCAAGUUUCUUUUUUGGGGGGUGGGAACCAUAACAGAGUUAUGAGUUUGUGGGUGCCAAACACCCUAAAUUUCUGGGUCCGAUAGCUGUUAGAAUUCAACCAAUGCUUGGAGUGUUGAAACUGGGGGUCAGACUCAUGUGUAUUAAACUGUGGGCUAGACAAUGCUCAUCUCCAGGAAUCAGCAAGCGUUAAAAGCUAAUUAAGCAAGUUUAACUUCCUCAUGAGGUGAUAGGGCCAUUAUGAAGAUCAAAAGAUCAAGGAACUCUGUCUGGGAUGGCAAAUGAAUGGAGCCCCUCCCUCCCUCAACAGACAAAUCCACAGAUCUUAGAGAAGUUAGAAACUAUGUGACAUAGAAGCAGAUGAGCAGCAGGCAGACCUACGGCUGAUGUCUGUUUGAAUUCUAAGCUGCAGCUAUGGGAGAAACAAGAACCUCUUCGUGUGGUAGUGCUGUGAAACCCUUCCAUCGCUGGCUUAGUUUAUAUGUGUGUGUUAAUAACCCAUAUAUCAUAAAGACACCACAAUCUCCGCUGUGCCUCAUUUCCAAUAGGAAACACAGACUUUGGUUAAGCAUGUCUUAAAACCCUGACUCUCACACCGCUCAGAGCUUUGGGUGGUGUGCCACAUUACUUUAAAUGUGUAAUAGUAGUUGUUACAAUUUAUUAUCCGCCCUUCACUCUAAAGGCCCCAGUGUGGAUUACAAUAAGUUAAACACAACAUUAAUAUUAAAAUACAAUGUUACACAAUAUUAAAAACAGAUUCAAACCAUUUAAAAUUACAAAAAAUAAUAAUACAGUGGUACCUCAGGUUACAGACGCUUCAGGUUACAGACUCUGCUAACCUAGAAAUAGUACCUCAGGUUAAGAACUUUGCUUCAGGAUGAGAACAGAAAUCGCGUGGCGGCAGCGGGAGGCCCCAUUGGCUAAAGUGGUACCUCAGGUUAAGAACAGUUUCAGGUUAAGAACGGACCUCCAGAACAAAUUAAGUUCUUGACCCAAGGUACCACUGUAUAUAGUGUGAAUGUGCCCCAGGUCUAUAUUGCUGUCUGAAGAGGCAUUCUUGCCUUAUAGCGCAACUAAAGCAGCGGAAUAAAAUAAACCAGAACGUUUGUGCUAUAAAAAGUUGCAGGGUUCCCGCAAGAAAUUACACGACGUGCACUUGACUGGAGAAAGGAAGCGGCGUGCCCGCCCCAAAACUUUCGUAGGCGCAAACAGAAUGGAAAGUGGGGUCAUGUGUAACCACCCAGAUACCACCUUGAGCAUCUAUAAUCAGGAAUGCACAAUAUAAUGCUGCCCACUUUACAUUCUGGGUGCUCCCUGGAUUACGAAAGGACCUUGGCAGCCUCGACGGAGAUCAUCCGCCACCCAUUCUUGUUCCAGCAUUCCUUGGCACAGAAAUCUGUUUACAACAGAAGCCUGGCUGCCAUCCAUCUGGGAGGGAUUCCCUCCACCCUGAAUUGUUUCAGGUUUCGCAAGAAGCUUCUGCCAGCGAAAAGAAGCUUAGAUUUCCCCAUUUGAACUUGCCUGCUGAUUAAGAUUUUCUGAUGAGGCUCUUCUCUGGGUAACCUUCCUGGCUUCUUAAGCCAGGCGAGCAAGGACCGAGAGGCUGACGUCCCCUGGUGUGGGGAUUCCCAAAUUGUUGGAAAUCCAACCUCUGGACCAGUUGGCCUAGUGCCACCUCUGCUAUCUUUUGGUCCCUGAGCCCAUCUUGCUUUUAAAGUUGACAUCUUUUUCUUUUUUUCAAAUUUUUAUUAACAUACAACACACAUACAUAUACAUUUACACAAUACAUAACACACUACCUUAUUUUCAUAACAUAAAACAUACCUACAUUACUCUAUAUAAUACCUACCUAUACUGUACAUAUCAACAUACCUACACACCUACCCCACACGGACACCCGCCAAGUGACUUGACUUCCAGCCAUUCUUGUUAAGCUACUUUAUUUUUCCAACUAGCUUAAACGCAUUUCAUUAUUUCUUUAAUCUCUUCUUCUAUCUUGACUUUACUCUCCUUUAACUCUAAUCAUUUUCUGGACUCACUCAAUAUCUGUCAGAAAUUCUACUUUUUCCACAUAAAUUUUGAUGUAGUCCUUAAAGAUAGCCCACUCCUUAUUCACUUUUUGUACCAUAUCUCCUCUUAUCCUCCCUGUUAGUUCGGCAAUAUGGAAGUAUUCCAUCAUUUUAGAUAACCAGUCUCUUUUAGUUGGUUUUAAAGUUAACAUCUAAGGACCUUCCAUAAUUUUAGAUUUCCUCUUUUCUCCAAUUGGCUGGUCCCCUGCUUUUAUCUCUGCGGAUUCCUAAUUGUGGUUUUUAAUUGUGUGUGUGGUUGCUUUCUGCUCUCACGUAUUAUUGCCUCAAGAGAUUGCUGUGGACGGCAGCGUCAAUAUUGCAGUCGUAGAGAAAUACAGUGCUGCGACUGCAUGCAAAUGACUAAGUGGGAGAGGUGAGGGUGAGACAGGGAAAGGAUUUGGCACCUGAUCCCAAGGCUGCUUCCACAAUGGGUAUUUGCAGAACAAGCCAUGCUUUGCCGUUCGCUCAUUUUGUUUUGUAGAACUUAGCAUACUGUCAUCCUGAAAUGGACAUACUCUUGUGUUUUCCCCUCUUUCCGGAGUUCAGAAGAACUGACUUUAAAACAGAGCGCCAAUUGCAUCUAGCCAGGGCCCCAACUUUUAUUGCUAAUGAAUCCAUCAGUUAUUCUGCCUCCCCCAUGACAUACCUAACUAAACUCAAAGUCCGUAAGCACCGGAGGGCCUUUACCCUGGAACGUUGCCACGCCCUCCCCUCGGCUCUCAUGGAAGGUUGAUAUAGGAAGAUUCCUUACUUGGGACAAACAGAAAUAACAGAGCAUGUGCUUCUCCAGCACUUACCGUAUUUUUCGCCCUAUAGAACACACUUUUCCCCCUCCCAAAAUGAAGGGGAAAUCUGUGUGCGUCCUAUGGGGCGAAUACAGGCUUUCGCUGAAGCUUGGAGAGCAAGAGGGGUCGGUGCGCACUGACCCCUCUCGCUCUCCAGGCUUCAGGAAGCUAUCAGCAAGCCUGGGGAGCUAGCGGGAGUUCCCGCAGGGCUCCCCAUGCUGCGGAUAGCAGCCUGCCGCCCGGCGCGCGGGGCGCCCUUAAGCAGAGCGCCCCUCACACCAGGCAGACAUCUGCAACGUGGGGAUGUCAGCGCGGAUAGCAGCCUGCCGCCCGGCGCGAGAGGCGCUCUGAAGCAGACCGGGCAGACAUCGGCCAGCCCCACAAGCUCGGGGGACAGCUGGGAGGCGCAGCGCCGCCAUACCGCUGUUCCCCGACCUGGUUUUGGGGGGGAAAUAAAGGAAAAAAAUUUUUCCUUUAUUUCCCCCCCCAAAAAACUAGGUGCGUCCUAUGGGAUGGAGCGUCCUAUGGGACGAAAAAUACGGUAUAUUAUAGAGACAUCCAUAUUAGCCUCAUCUCCCCACUAUUCCAUAAGUACCCAGGGCGCACAGGACAAUUCUAUAUCUCCCUGCUGCUUUCAGAUACCAACCCUCCUACAACAAACAGUGUUGCCAGGUUCUGCACAGCAGUGCUCAAAAUUCGUCGCUUGAUGACCUGCGCCACAAACUAGAUUUAAUGAGCACUCAUAUCAGAUGUGGGUGGCGCUGUGGGUUAAACCACAGAGCCUAGGGCUUGCCAAUCAGAAGGUCGGCAGUUCGAAUCCCCGCGAUGGGGUGAGCUCCCAUUGUUCGGUCCCAGUUCCUGCCAACCUAGCAGUUCGAAAUCACGUCAAAGUGCAAGUAGAUAAAUAGGUACCGCUCAGGCGGGAAGGUAAACGGCGUUUCCGUGAGCUGCUCUGGUUUGCCAGAAACCGCUUAGUCAUGCUGGCCGCAUGACCCAGAAGCUGUGCACCGGCUCCCUCGGCCAAUAAAGCGAGAUGAGCACCGCAACCCCAUAGUCGUCCACGACUGGACCUAACGGUCAGGGGUCCCUUUACCUUUACAUAUCAGAGUGCUUUGUACAUUUCUUUGUAAAUUGAUAGUCAUAGCGUUUUAUCUACUAACCUUUUAAGCUCUUCCUUAUCCAUUAAAUACUCCUAACUCUUCUUUUAGCUUCUUACAGUCUUUUACAUAUACAGUGGUACUUCGGGUUAAGAAUUUAAUUCGUUCUGGAGGUCCGUUCUUAACCUGAAACUGUUCUUAACCUGAGGUACUACUUUAGCUAAUGGGGCCUCCCGCUGCCGCUGUGCAAUUUCCGUUCUCAUCCUGAGGUAAAAUUCUUAACCUGAGGUACUAUUUCUGGGUUAGCAGAGUCUGUAACCUGAAGCCUCUGUAACCCGAGGUACCACUGUACCUUCUGUUUUAAUAAAUUAAGAUUUCCAAAAAUGUUUUAUAGAUUUUAAAUGAUUGUACCCCGCCCUACUUAUGCUGGGUCUAUGACUGUAAUAAAGAUUUGACUGAUGACUCUUGGGGGGCCCUUAAUCUUGCGCAAGUCACGUAACUCACAUGGGAGCAUGGAAGGGAAGACGAACAUCCCAGUUUUGGGACAGGAAGGCACCAGUUUGAGGAAAGCUGCGCUCGUACCUUUGUGGGCUUAGUGACGCAGCUGCAUUAAGGGUUUCAAAUCUUUAUUCAUUUGGGGGAAGUUGGCUACCGCAAGCUUUAAAGAAAAGAAAGAUAAAUUCAACCCUCAAGCUUGCUAUACUUAUUCAACACUUAUUGCUGCUCAUUGCCUGUGCCAGCGCUUGAAAGGACUCCUGAAGUGGGAGAGAGAGAGAAAUGCAUUCCAUUCCCAGUGCAUCAUCAAGGUUUUUUAAUCUCCAUAGAAGAUUGUGGGAUGUUGCAGAAACCAAAAGAACUUCUAACACUAGACAGAGAUGGCACAAUCUCUGCUGGAUGAGGUCCACAUGAAUGCCACCCCAGCGCCUCAAGCAGUUUCAGGAGUGCUUUUAAUAGCAUUGUGAAAGAAUAUUCAAAGCAUGUAAACAAGGAUCAAGACCACGUGUUCACACACCCUCACAAGCAAGCAUCUGGGGGGUGGGGGCGGAUCCCUUUAGAAAACAUUUUUUGUAAGUCACAAGUGACUUCUUUGGUGAUCACUCGUAGCCGAGUAAGAUUGUCUUCCAUGAACACGGUUUUAACAAUGAGUCCGUAAGUGACUGUGGAGGCCAAUUCUGGAUCCUCACGUCCUUCCACAGUGGGGACAUUGGUUUCCAGGCGGGAGUUGAUUUGCCAAGCGUGCCUUCCUCUUAGCACGUUUCUUCCUUUUGUCCUGAGUAAAGGCUGUUCUCCAACUGGGGCGCUCGCAGGCCAGUGUUUCCCAGUUGUCAGUGCUUAUACUACAUUUUUAUGGAUUUGCCUUGAGAGUGUCUUUGUACCUCUUUUGUUGACCACCAGCAUUACGCUUUCCAUUUUUAAGCUGGGAAUAGAGUAGUUGCUUUGGAAGACCAUCAUCAGGCAUUCGCACAACAUAACCAGUCCAACGAAGUUGAUGUUGAAGAAUCAUUGCUUCAACACUGGUAAUCUUUGCUUCUUCCAGUACACUGAUAUUAGUUCGCCUGUCUUCCCAAGUGAUGUGUACAAUUUUUCGGAGACACCGUUGAUGGAAUCUUUCAAGGGGUUGGAGAUGGCAUUUAUAAGUGGUCCAUGUUUCACAAGCAUACAGUAAGGUUGGUAGUGCAAUAGCUUUGUAAACAAGCAUUUUGGUUUGCUUGAGAAUGUCCUGGUCCUCAAACACUCUGCACUCGGGAAAAAGCUGCACUUGCAGAGCUCAGGCGGUGCUGGAUUUUGGCAUCAAUGUUGGCCCUUGUGGAAAGAUAACUGCCUAGGUAGGAGAAGUGAUCGACAUUUUCCAACGUUACACCAUUGAGUUGGAUUUGUGGUGCUGCAGAGGGGGUAUUUUGUACUUGUUGGUGCAGCACUUUGGUUUUUUGGAUGUUGAGUGAUAGCCCAAGCUUUUUGUAAGCUUCUGCAAAGAUAUUUAGGAUGGUUUGGAGGUCACAAGUGACUAAUGCAGGACUAGGGGCAGGUCCGUCUUAAGUCUAUCCAGCACUGUGGUACAAAGAUUUCUUUGGUGCCGCCCCCCUUUUCCCAGAGUUGGCAACCUUUUUAUGGCGCUGCUGGCAGCUUUGCGGGGCUGGAGGAGGUGGGCAGCGGCUGGAGGGUGGCUCCUCUGGCAGGGAAGAGGUGGAGGCGGCAUGGCGGAGGCAGGCGAGGGCAGCGAGCUGAUGCUGGGAGGCACCACAUCCAGCCUCCACCUCUUCCCUGCCAGAGGAGCUGCCCUCCAGCCGCUGCCCGCCUCCUCCAGCCCUGCAAAGCUGCCAGAACUUGGCAGAACUUGGCGCCCGGCACCCCACGCCACUUGCCUCUAUGGCAGUGGUUCUCAACCUGUGGGACUACAACUCCCAUCAUCCCUGAGCUCUGGCCUUGCUAGCUAGGGGUGACGGGAGUUGCAGUUAACAACAUCUGGGGACCCACAAGUUGAGAAAGGCUGCUCUAUGGGCAAGACGCCCCUGACUGGGGGACCCCAGGACCAGGGGGCAAAUACCACCCUAUAGAUAUACAGUCGUACCUCGGAAGUCGAACGAAAUCGAUUCCGGAAGUCCGACUUCCAAAACGUUCGGAAACCAAAGCGUGGCUUCUGAUUGGAAGCUCCUGCAGCCAAUCAGAAGCUGUGGAAGCUCCAUCGGACGUUCCAAAGAAUGUUCGCAAACCGGAACACUCACUUUGCGGCAUUCGGGAGCCAAAACGUUCGACUUGCAAGGCGUUCGGGAUCCAAGGUAUGACUGCAUAGGAAUGCAGAUAAACAGGGAGCUGCCUCACAGUGACUUGGUCUGAAGGACUUUUGGAUUUGCUAUUGGUAAACAAGAUUUCACAAACUGCUUUGGCUGGAUGCGUCUCAUAAGGGUGUUCUGAGCAUAGGUAAUGAUGAACUGUGUCCCCAGGCUCUUUGUGGCAUCCAUGUUGGUAUUUACAUUCAGAAAAGAAGUCCUCUUUGAAGGAAUUUUGUCUUGGCUUGUAACUGAUGCCUCUUAGUUUGGGCUGCCAUGCGUACAGAUUUUCCCGGACAUUGCUGGGAUUUCAGAGGCGGAAUUGACAUCCAGGGGGGAUUUCCAAAAGGCGCCUUGUCCUAGAUCUUAGGCAAAUCAAUUGAAAAAUCUUGGGUUUUGUGCAUUUUUGUAAAAAUAACAACACACCGGUGGUUUCCUAAAAACCUUCGGGUGUCCUGAUUUUGAAAUAUGGCAGCUUGUAUGUAUUUUACAGGCAAGUGUGUGUUUUAAGGGAAAACCUAUAGAAAAAGAUACAGAUCUGUAUUUUAGGGGAAAGUGCUCACUAAAUUGUGCAUAAUUUAAAUGCAAUGGGACACAGAGAGAGAGAGUGAGAAUGAGAGAGAGAGAGUAUGUGGGUUACAGGCCACCCCAAUCUCUGCCAAGCUGUGCACGGGAUUCCAGGGGUCUUGACCCUUCCCCAGGGCCUGUGCUCCUUCAGAGAAUCAAGGCUGCAGCAAAGACUGGUGUAGCUUUAAGAAAUAUGAUUUAUUCAACGCUUUACACCUUCAGUCCGCAUGGUGGGAGUCUGGAUCUUACAGCAUGGUCAUCUCAAGAGAGGCCUGUCCCCCCCCCCACAGCAGUGCAGUGCUGGAAUCCAAGGCAUCUCUCCCAGCCGGCCUUCAACCAGCCUGCCCAAGAUGGAUCUUUCCCUUUGUGCUCCCCUUCUUCCUUUUCCCAGCACACCUUGCUAAAGACACACUUUCCCUGUCACCUCAAACAAACGCGCCAUCACCUUGGCAACAUUGAUCUCCCCAGGCCAAAGGAGUCCUUGUCUGGCACAAUUAUGCAGCUUGCACAGUGGUGCCUCGCAAGAUGAAAAGAAUCCGUUCCGCGAGUCUCUUCGUCUUGCGGUUUUUUCGUCUUGCGAAGCAAGCCCAUUAGCGGUUUAGCGGAUUAGCGCUAUUAGCGGCUUAGCGGCCUUAGCGGAUCAGCUGAUAAGCGGCUUAGUGGCUUAAUGGAUCAGCUGUUAAGCGGCUUAGCGGAUCAGCUGUUAAGCGGCUUAGCGGAUCAGCUGAUAAGCGGCUUAGCGGCUUGGGGAAAAGGGGGGGAAAAGGAAAAAAACCCCGCAGGAACUCGCAAGACAUUUUCGUCUUGCAAAGCAAGCCCAUAGGAAAUUCGUUUUGCGAAGCACCUCCAAAACGGAAAACCCUUUCGUCUAGCGGGUUUUCCGUCUUGCGAGGCAUUCGUCUUGCGGGGCACCACUGUAUUUUCAUUCAUAUCCCAAACAAUCAAAAUCCUACCAUUUGUUAAUUCCUUGGGUUUAGGCCAACCUAUAACACUCUCACUGUAUACUUCCCGUGUUCCUAUGUAAAUAUGUCCCCUGGUUUCUCUCUCUCUCUCCAUAUGCAUGUAUGAUCCAUAGAACAACAGAAUGGAACAGGCUGAAUGCAUGUGAAACUAAUCUGGAAUGGAAAUAGGCUGAUUCAUACAUUCUUACAAAACAGUUUUGCUUUGACAUCUGCUACAAAUGGGGAGUGUGGUAUAGUGGUUAGAUUGUCAGAACAGGUCUGCAGGAAGCUGGUUUCAAAUCUCCACCAAAACAUGAAGCUCACAUGAAGGGGCAGUCACUGCCUCUCAGUCUGACCUACCACACACUGCAAAGGAUAAAAUGUGGUGGGGAAAACCAUGGGCACCAUCAAGCACUGAGGAAGAAAGUUGGCAUGCAGUUUUUGGCUGUUGUUUUUUAAAGCACUUUUGUGGCCCGUUUAUAAUUUCUGAUUAAAACCAUGCCUGUCUUUCUGCUUCUCUCCUGCAGCUGAAGGUCUCGUGUGCAGAGUUUGCAAGUACAAACUUGGCAAGGUCUGCCUGGAUACUGACGAACCUUGCAAAGCGGCCGAUGGGCAGUUCUGCGAGACAACCAAAGUUUAUGCUGGUAAGAACAAUUACUGGAAAUCCGCUAGUGCUGUAUAAUCUCCAUCAGUUGUGCAGCGAGAGAGCUAGUGUCUUCAGGGAACGGUGUGAGGUGUUGGUAUCAACAGGCACCUGAAAAAGCGCUCGCCCCACAGAAAGGGGUCCCCUGCUGACCCCCAGUGUUUCCUGGCCCUGCUCCCGUUCCUCCUUGCGCUUGCUGCCUAUUCAUUUGCCUUAUCUCCAGCUGUGGAGGGCAGGACUCGAACCCAGGGCUUCAGGUUACAAGAAGGGAGAUUCAUCCUGGCAGUAAUUGCAUGUCGAGACCCCAAAGCCACCCCCUUGUUGAGAAAUAACACACAUAAGGACACAGAUAUUAGGUUAAUGUUAUUGGGCAAAUUUUGGCCACAACUUUAUUGAUUACAGAAUGUGAGCGGUAUUGGCUUAGGCAUUGAAUGGACCAGAUUAUAUCUGACUCCUGCUCAAUGCGCAGGAAGUCCGGUAAGGGUAAACCACCGGAAGGGGGAGCCCUGUCGAUGCAAACCAACUCAAGCUCCCCCUAGUGUUCCCGUUGGGGUCGUGUCAUGGCUCUAGCCCCUGACCCAAGCUUCGGACAAGAUCAACACCCCCGGAUUCCUUUAAUGGAAUACCCUUAAGCUUGGAGGGGCAGGUGGUCAAACAAUGCCUAACUGCAACCCUAACAAAGUUGUGACGAUUGCUACAAGGUAGGAGAAAACCAAAUGGCCAGUGCCAAUUUGCCAAGUGGGAAAAUUCCUACCAGGCCCCUCAACAGCAACCAAGCGAGGUCCAUAGCAAGGCCAGUGCCUAAAACCUGAAAAUUAGGGAGAGAGGGCAGGUGAUUGAGAAAGCGAGCCAAAGAGGAAGCCCUCUGGCUUGUGCCUCUGUUUAAAUGGUCCCGGCCACGCCCCCCGGCCAGCGGAUUGGCUGGCUGGGCUCUGACGUGGCCGGGAUCCCCCGGGCAACGGGGAACUAAGUCCCCUGCCCCCGGAGGGGAGUGGGUGGCCACGCGGUCCACUGCAACUCCUCCCCACAGGGAAGUGGAGCGGAUGAACCAUUCAACAGCAGAAUGGACUCCCUAGGGAGGUGUUGGGCUCUCCUUCCUUGGGGGUUUUUAAGCAGAGGUUGGAUGUCCAUCUGUCAUGGUUGCUUUAGCUGAGAUUCCUGCAUUUCAACCCCAGCUCCCAGAACUCCGUGAUUGUUUAAAGUGACACCGUAGUGCUUUAAACGUAUGGUGUGGUCCUCUGUGGCUCCGUGCCCCAAACACCUAGAUUUUCAGGGUUAUCUGCUAUGUGGUGUGACUCACCCUGGGUACAGGGAAGGAGUAAAACUAACACACAUCUCGUUCCUCUCCCACCAGGCGAAUUAUUCCUCUUCAAGCGCUAUGGCUGCGGCAAAUACGCCGAGCUCUGCAACAAGACCGAGCGGAGGGAAAACGCAUUCAACAUGUCCUACGAACGCACUUGCUGCGACACCGACUUAUGCAACGCUUAGUUCUCGUUUCCUGUCCCUGGGAAGGUUCGGCUUAGCAUGGGGCCAACAGCUGGUUCAUUUUCAAUAAAAGCUGGCAAAAGAGACCCCUUUCACCCAAACAGACAACCCUCAGAUUAUAUGAUCCCAUCACUUUGACCUUCUGUCAGCGCUCAAGAUUUCAGCUUCUUCUUCCCUCCCAAAGGUUCCCCCACCUCAUUUGUGGCCUCUCCCACAGGACCUGCUGAAGAUGCUUCAUAGCUAGUUCUAUGUAGCUCACGUUCAAAGCACACAGUUGAAGCACCAAGACACCUCUUUAAACAGUCAUGGCUUCCCCCAAAGAAUUCUGGGAACUGUUGUCUGUCAAGGGUGCUGAGAGGUAUUGAGAGAGACACACACCCCUUUCUCCCUCUCGCAAAACUACAAUUCCCAGCAUUCCCUGUGAAGAGGGAUUGACUGUUAAGCAACAACUUAAAUCCUUCAAAGGUAAUUAAAAUUGGGCAAAAAAACCCCCGCAAAUCAAAACACAUGUAAGUGGCCCACAUGUCUGGGCAGGCUUGCCUAAACAAACAUGCUUUUAGCAGGCACUGAAUAGUAGAUUCAUUAAUUUCAGUGGCUCUUCUAUGAAAAGAACCUCUGUUGUUGCUUUUUCACCCUUUCUUUAAAGUCUUCAGAAUUGUUUCUCUCUGCCAUCAUCACAAGUUUAGAAACCAAACUGCAUUUCUCCUGAAGAUUGAAGCAUACAGUAAUGGAAUAUUUGUAUGUUUAAACUCCCCGAGAGAAACAGCAUAACUGGAGAGAAUCUUUUUCUCUCUCUUUAGCAAAUGGCUGAGGGGGGACGACAAGGGGUGGGACAUCUUUUUCGGCCUGAGGGCAACAUUUUUGAGGGGGGCAACCUUCCAGGGGCUGCAUGACAAAGGUGGGUGGUGCUAGUGUGUACACACACACACACACACACACACACACACACACAGCCCUCUGUUCUCCUUCAAGCAAGAAGCAUCUUCAGAGUUCAAGGAUACAUUACAGCUAGCUAAAAACAGUUGAGGCUGCCUAGCAGGUCUGGUGUGGCUUGAGAAUAGUCUUCAGGGCCGGACAGAAAGACUUGGGGGGCCGUAUCUGGCCUCUGAGCCUGAGAUUCCCCACCCCUUAGUUAAAACAAUGGCUGUCCUCUUCUCAAUCUGAAUCCACCCUGAGCUGCAUUGCCAGGUGUUUAUUUGCUGGGGAGGGGGGAAGAGUCAAGAAAAAUAUGUAUGCAAAGUUUUAAAAUGUCCUGUUUUCUUUUAUAUCUUUUUGUAUUUACUGGGGAGCUGUGGAGAGUUGCUGAAUUGCUGACUUGGCAAAUGAUAAAAUGGGCGGGGUAUAAAUAAUAAAUCAUCAUCAUUAUUAUUAUUACUACUACGCAUGCUGCAUUUACUCUAGCAGAAUCUGAAAUCAGAUUCCUUAAACUGAACGUCAAAGAGAUUGCAUACAGUAGUAAAAUACCGCGGAGUUUGUACAACGAUGUGGUGCUGUGUUUUGCAUGGCUUUUGUGCUUCUGGUGUAAACCGCAGUCGCUUUCGAAUUGUAUUGCUGCCAUCUUUGGCUGAAGGAAUGAAUAAAGUCGGUUGACUUGACC